CCGAGCUGAAAGCAUCAUCCGCUUUGAGCGCUUAGGCUCAGUGAUUACAUCCUCUCAGAGCGAGACAGAGAGAAAGUCCUUUUACUUGCCAGUCUUUCGGUCGACGUUGCAUUUGUUAUCGAUGCCGGCAGCGGGCCAAUAGGACUUUUUGCUUAUUCUUCUUGUACUGCUCGUGGAAUUUCCUGUGUUGUUGUUCCUGUGUGACUUUGUGUGAAGAAGGGGCUGUCUGUUCUGAGCACAGGGAGUGUUGGCUAUGCGUCUUGGCUCCAGCCUGUAAUGUUUGCACUGACGCCAAAACUCACAGACCGGUGCAGAAUUGAUUAAAACAGAGAAGCUCGGAUCAGAUGGCUGUGUUUCUCACAGCUGAAACGACACAAUGUUCCAUUGACCCGAGGCACAGGAGAGGAAUUUCACAAUCGGGACAGCCUUGUUGCUGUUUAUUUUUACUGCCGUUUUACGGACAAAGGAAAUGGGAAAUGCUCAUUUGUUGUAAGAAAAGUGAAUAACACGUUUUUGUUUUCGUCUUGAAGUGCACUUUGUGAAAGGGAGGGGAGAUGAUUUGGUUAAUAUUCCUGCUCUCCAUCCUGGAUGGCGCUAUGUCUCAGCUACACUACUCCGUGCCAGAGGAGCAGGAACCUGGCUCGGUGGUUGGGAAUAUUGCAGAGGAUUUGGGACUUGACAUUACCAAACUUUCUGCUCGUCGCUUUCAGACGGUGCCUAGUUCACGGACACCUUAUCUGGAGGUGAACUUAGAGAACGGUGCGCUCGUCGUGAAGGAGAAAAUUGACCGCGAAGAAAUCUGUAAGCAAACCAUCCCGUGCCUAUUGCACCUGGAGGUGUUUCUGGAGAACCCACUGGAGCUCUUUCGCGUGGAGAUUGAGGUGAUGGAUAUCAACGACAAUCCACCCAGCUUUCCUGAGACAGACAUUUCCGUGGAGAUAUCGGAAAGCGCCAUCCCGGGGACCCGUUUCCCGGUGGAGAAUGCCUUCGACCCUGACGUGGGCACAAACGCGCUUAGCACAUAUGCCAUCACGAAUAAUAAUUAUUUUUACCUUGACGUGCAGACACAGAGCGACGGGAACAAGUUCGCAGAGCUGGUGCUGGAGAAGCCGCUGGACAGGGAGCAGCAGGCGGUGCACCGCUAUGUGCUGACGGCUGUGGAUGGGGGCAUGCCGCAGCGGACGGGGACGGCUCUCUUGGUGGUUAAAGUUCUAGACUCCAAUGAUAACGCGCCCACCUUUGACCAGUCUGUGUACUCUGUUAACUUGCGAGAAAACUCUCCUGUGGGCACUCUGGUCAUUCAGCUCAACGCCACGGAUGUUGACGAGGGGCAAAACGGAGAAAUAGUUUAUUCUUUCAGCAGUCACAACGCCCCGCGGAUAAAGGACUUAUUCAAUAUUGAUGCCAGAACAGGUAGGAUAGAGGUCGCAGGUGAGGUGGACUAUGAGGAGAGCAGCACGCAUCAGAUUUAUGUCCAGGCUAAAGAUCUGGGGGCUAAUGCGGUCCCCGCGCACUGCAAAUUGCUGGUCAAACUCGUGGACGUGAACGACAACACUCCAGAAAUUGGUUUCAGUACUGUGACUGAAUCAGUGAGCGAGCAGGACGCCCCAGGCACCGUGAUUGCACUGUUUAGCGUGUCAGAUCGGGACUCGGGUGAGAAUGGACAUAUGAGCUGCGAGAUAUUAGGAGACGUUCCUUUUAAGCUGAAAUCCUCUUUUAAAAAUUACUACACCAUCGUGACAGAGGGAUCACUGGACAGAGAGAACACAGACUCCUACACCAUCACUGUGGUGGCCAAAGAUAAGGGUCAGCCGUCGCUCGCCACCAGCAAGUCUAUUAAAGUGCACGUGUCUGAUGAGAAUGACAACGCGCCCCGAUUUACUCAGGCUGUUUAUGAUGUGUAUGUGACUGAGAAUAAUGUGCCCGGUGCUUUCAUUCAUGCCGUGAGCGCUCUGGACCCUGAUAUAGGACAAAACGCUUUGAUUACUUACUCCAUAUUGGAGUGCGACAUACAGGGCAUGUCUGUGGAUACCUACGUAUCCAUAAACCAGGACACCGGCUACCUUUACGCGCUGCGCUCUUUUGAUUACGAGCAGCUAAAGGAGUUUAGCUUCAUGGUCCAGGCUAAAGACUCGGGUGCUGCUGAGCUCUUCUCUAAUGCCACUGUAAAUGUGAUUAUAGUUGACCAAAAUGACAACGCUCCCACUGUAAUAACCCCCAUCGGUAAAAACGGUACAGCCAAAGAACACCUGCCGCGCUCUGCGGAGCCUGGCUACCUGGUGACGCGCAUCGUGGCUAUGGAUGCAGAUGAUGGAGAGAACGCACGGCUGUCCUACAGCAUCCUGCGGGGCAACGAGAUUGGGAUGUUCCGCAUGGACUGGAGGACCGGGGAGCUGAGGACAGCCCGCAGGAUCUCUCCCAAGCGGGACCCGCAGGGCAUCUACGACCUGCUGAUUGAAGUGAGGGACCACGGGCAGCCGCCUCUCUCCUCCUCGGCGAGUGUGAGCGUAAUAUUAGUGGACAACGUGGUCGAAGGCCGCAGCGGGGAUCUUGGUUCGGCCUCCAGGGCAAAGGAUACCUCCCUUGACCUCACCCUCAUUCUCAUCAUCGCCUUGGGCUCCGUGUCAUUCAUCUUUCUCCUGGCUAUGAUCGUGCUGGCCGUGCGUUGUCAAAAGGACAAGAAACUCAACCUGUACACGUGCCUGCUGGCCGGUGACUGCUGCCUGUGCUGUGGCUCGUGCUGUAGCAGACAGGCUCGCGGCCGAAAACAAAAGAAGCUGAGUAAAUCCGACAUCAUGUUAGUUCAGAGCACCAACGUGAUGUCAGGGGUCGGGCCCAUGGGGCAGGUGCCCGUGGAGGAGUCUGGUAUAGGCAGCGUGGGAGGGGGCUUCGGCUCCCAUCACCACCAGAACCAGAACUCCUACUGCUACCAGGUGUGUCUGACUCCAGAGUCCGCCAAAACGGAUCUGAUGUUCCUCAAACCGUGCAGCCCCUCCCGCAGCACUGACACGGAUCACACCAACCACUGCGGCGCCAUAGUCACGGGCUACAGUGACCAACAACCGGACAUCAUAUCCAAUGGAAGUAUUCUCUCUAAUGAGACAAAACACCAACGAGCAGAACUCAGCUACCUGGUGGACAGACCCAGACGGGUCAACAGUUCGGCAUUCCAAGAGGCAGACAUUGUCAGCUCCAAAGACAGUGGUCACGGUGACAGCGAACAGGGUGACAGUGACCACGAUGCCACCAACCGGGGUCAUUUAGCGGGCACUGACCUCUUCUCUAACUGCACAGAGGAGUGCAAGGCCCUAGGCCACUCUGACCGCUGCUGGAUGCCAUCCUUUGUGCCAUCCGACGGGCGCCAGGGGCCAGACUACCGCAGCAACCUGCACGUCCCUGGCAUGGACGCCACACUGCCUGACACUGAGGUACCCUCCUCUGUCAACCUCUCCGACCAACUCACCAUGACUUUGUCUACCAUCUCGUCCACCUUUGGCAAGGACGGUCAAAGGUCACAGUCACACCACUGCCUUCACCAUCACCUCCAUCAGCAACAACAGCAAUACAGCUCCAGCAUGCUAGAGAGGAAAGAGUAUGAUAGGGGGACCUUACCAUACAAACCCUCCUUUCUCUGUGAGUAUCAGUAUCAAAGUUCACUGGGACCCUAUGACUUUGGUCUGGUCCAGUACAGAUACUAAAGGAGAGGACCAUAAAUCUGCCUUUUGAUUCUGAUCUGGACUUUUUAUGUUGUUCAUCAACUUUCGUUCUUCUAUUUUUUAAGUAGUUUUAUAAAUACGACUUGAAAAUUGUGAUGUUUUGUUUUUUUGUAAAUUAUCAUUUCUUUUGUCAAAUGUAAAAUGUAAUCUAUUACUGCUAACUCCCCUUUUCCAAAACCCACUUUGAAAAAUUCAGUCUAACCCUAUCCUAACCCUAAUUAUAUUAUUAUAUAUAAUAAAUUGGAUUGGACUCAUGUUGAACUGCUUUGGCCCCUUUUCCUUCUUUUCUGUUUUCAAAAUUUCCGCUAAAAAAUCCUCACCAAUCAGCCUUUUUAUCUGAUGCUCAUAAAAGUAAAGGUCACCAACACAAGCACAUCCAACAUUUGUAUUCUCGAUAUCAUCACAUACCUACAAUGAAGUGUUGUUUAUAGUUUAAAACAUAAUUUGAGCAUAUAGAGAGGAAAAAGCUGGAUCAUAUCAUGUUGCAAAGGACAUCCUUUUCCAUUUGUUCAGCUGUGGAGUUUUGCUCAAGCAUGAUGACUUCCCUACUGAAUAGCUUGAAAGGUAAAGCACACAACCCACGCUGCUUCUUUUUUACAAGGAUUGAAGUCCAUUUUGUUCUAAAAAAAAGAAGUGUUGAGUAUCUAUACUCUCUUGCUUGAGGAUCGAUACCUGACAUAAAGGAGGGUGGGUGAGGUGUUCUGUAACCCUGAGGUCAAGAUUCUUCGGUUGGAAAAGUCACGCACACAAGUUUGUGUACAAGAAAGGAAGGAAACUGUUCCAAUAUGAGAAGGGUUGAAUUUAGCCAAUGACACAUAUCGAUAUGCAUUGGAAUAAAACUGAAUUGCAGUUUGCAUUUCUAAAGAAGCAGAACAGGACAUCUUGCAGAUGUUAAUUGCUUUUCCAGCUCCCACAUUACAUGAAUAUUCUAUUAGUUCUAAGAGUAGAGAGUGGAUUCGGUAUACACAUUCAGUAGACAAGUCAUUUCCAGUCAAGUCACCACCAUGUUAACCACCAUCCUCCAUGAUACUGCAUGCUGACUGUGGGCUGUUUCUCAGGUAAACCAUGAUGACUGUUAACUGCUCUUUUUUUCCUUGUUUGCAACUUAGCAAACAGAGCCAAGCAAACUUCCUCUAGCACAUCAGGUCUGUGUGAAAGAUCAUUUGUAUUUAGCCUGUAGGGGCUAGAGCCUGCUUUGCUCCAAAUAUAGCUGCCUGCGCAACAGCUCAUCAUGUCUGGAUAAAUGCACUCCAUAUUUGCACUGUCCAAAACGCUCAACGCUUUUUUUUUUUUAUUUAUUUACAAUUUCACCUAUUUUUCCUGGUCUUUUAAAGUAAAUAGACCCCAGGUUGCCACAGCAAAGGUCCUGUUGUUCAUCAGUCUGUAAAAAAGAUGAAACAGUUCCAGAGGCUGAGACUCUAUUAACCAAUUGGCAUCAUGUUCUACUUUUAAAAAUAGUAGGCUACCGUAUGCUACGACUGGCUUUGGCAAUGCUUUGAUCACCACGGUUGCCUUGAUAAAGGGUUUAUAAAUGUUUAAUGAUCCAUUUAUAGAUAAUUAAUGAAGCAAUUAGUGCUCUGUGUAUUUUCUAUGCAUGCAUUAUGUAGCCACCAAAUUUUGAGCAUUUAUCUUCACUGAUGGACAAAUUUUAACCCAAUUCCCAAAUUGUUUCACCAUUACACUGUGCGGACCAGCCUUUAGGGUAUAUAAGUAACUUCACAGAGAGUCCUUUGUAGCAUGUAUCAUUCAAGAGAUGGUAUUUUGAGCCAAUUGUGUUACUAAAGAGGUUCAAAGGACGGGGUGCCAUUUGUCUUAACAAGUGUUCUCUGUCU